GUUUACGUCGUGACGCACGCAACAAAACCCGGAAGUUGCUUAGUUUUUCUGUCAAAAUGAGCGAAAGUACAAGUGAACCACCGCCUAAACUGUUCGUGUGUGAGUUGUGUGGUUUAAGCAGCCCGUUCUCCUACUACGGACAGAAACCACCGAACACCAGGGCGAUUGUGCUGCUGGAGGAGUGUUUCGUGACUAAAGAUCCCUUCAGUCCGGAUAAAGAGAAGUUUUUGAUUUUGGGGUCAACGUGCAGCGUGUGCAGCAAGUGUGUGUGCGCAGGCGCAGACUGCAGUCUAUUCUACACCAAGAGGUUCUGCGUGCAGUGUGUGAACAAGCACUUGGACCAGUUCCCCCAUCAGAUCCGCGCCGAGCUGGCCAAGAAGAGGCAGAACUCCGCGGCCGCAGUGUCGUGACGCUGGGGCGAAAAAACCCGAGUUCAAAUCCAGGACACCAUUGAGAGGCUCGCACUGAAUGGCCUUUGUCAUCGAAAAAGAGGAAAACGAGUCUGCAAAAAGCGAUGCCAGCGCACUUCCAUUUACACCAACAAGGACGGUGUUGUUAAAGACGCAGCUCGUUGUUGUUUUUUGCGCCGAAAUCAGCAGUUUUAUUUGUGUAAUUUUGUGAUUUUUACGUCGCUUAAGACAUGUACUUUUUGGAGGAUCACUGAAGUAAACGCUGACAUCAAGUUACACACAAGUUACACACAAGUCCUCUGCUUACGUCUGUAUUAUUUGUGUUGUUUUUACAUAUUUUUAGCGACGUGUGCACAGUAACAAUAACAUAAACGUGCGAAUUCUUGUGUUUGCGUUAACUUGAGACACAUUGUUUCACUUGAACUUCAAUUUUCCUCAUUCCCCGCUCUGUUUUAUCAUCCUUUUCUAUCUUUUUCUAUCUUUCUCUUCAAGUAUCCAGCUCUGGGAUCACCAUGUACCGUACUGUACCCAUUUGUUGCAGUUUAAACACAUUAUGGAUUAGGAGAGAUGCGGGAGAUAAGAGUGAAAUAACAGAUGACCUCGCUGUGUUUAUCACGAGACGCCUGGCUCUGUUUUUACUGUUUUAGGGGUUAAUUAAAACUGCAUGGUCCUGAAGGCAGUCCCAGUGGGGUUUUUUUUUUUAGUGUUUUGUUUUUUUACUGCCAGGGCUGUAGAGGAAUGCGCAGUGACACUGGCCCCAGAACAUCUUGAACUCCUAAACUCAAGUAGCGGCUGAUGUCCUGCCAAUUACCACCAGAUCUGUCCCUGUUGAAUAAGCUGAGACACGGACCACUCAAGAGAAAUGUGUCUGCAGCUCAAGGUCUCCAUAAACAGCUCGCUUCCUAUCUUGUUUACACGUUAUUGGAGGCAGUAAAGCGCGCAGAGCUCCAGCCCCUUGGCACAGGCAGUGACAGUCUGACAGCGAUAGGCCGCGUGCCAACCAUGACGCAAGGCUCCGCGCGCAGCGACGUCACCCCCCACACAGCAGCAGAAGACACAGACAGACACAUUUGAGGCGCGUUUACUCACUGUCCCUGCGUGACCUUGACUCUCACCCGAAUAAGCCUGCACUGAUUCAAUCACGUGCGCCAAAUCUGAUCAAGCUCCGUGCGUAAAACCAGUCCGCGCUUCUCCUCCUUCUCCUCCUCCUCCUCCUCCUCCUGCUGCUGCUGCUGUGGUUGAAUGAAACGAUAAAGUGACCUCCCCGCAGCGCUGUGUCCAUAAGCAACAGACCCUUUCAUUAGUUCCAUAUCAGCUCUUACACUUGGGACAUAAGAGCCGGAGGAAAAACUGCGUAAACGCGUAAAGUUAAAGCGUUUACGCGGGUGCAGUUUUGGCACGCGCUGUCCCUGAUGAG